UUAAUAAGCAUAUGGUUUGAUUGUCAUUCUCUUUCCAGUAGUUUAAUUAUCUUUUCUCUAGAUGGAAAUAUUAUUUUGAGCAAAUUCAGAAGGGGCAAAAACCAGUUGGUUGCUUAUAGUUUACUUAUCUUUUCUCUAAGAUGGAUAUAUUAUUUGCAUAAGCUUUACCGUAAACUUGAAGUAACUUUUUGGUCCUCCUAAUUUUUUAUGGCCCUUUUGGCCCAAACCUAAAAGUAAAAAACAAAAACAAAAAAAAAAACUAAUAAGAUUUCCCGAACUCGAUCGAUUAAACGAUCAACAACUAUCACUUGACGAUAAUCUGUCGGCAAAUCAAAACCUACGGAGACGGUUAGUUCUUCAUUCCUCCUUGGAUUACGGAUGGAGUGCGAUUAUAUCAGUGAACUGCCGGAUUCUUUGCUAACUCAGAUUCUCUUAAACCUUCGGACCAAAGAUUCUGUGAAGACAAGCGUGUUAUCCAAGAGAUGGAAAAAUCUUUGGUUAAACGUUCCUGGACUUAAAUUAGGCACCUUUGAUUUCCCCUAUCCUUACCUAGAAGGCUUCGCAAGGUUUAUGGAAAGAUUUAUGGAGUUUAACCACGGGUCAAACCUGCAAAAGUUCGACAUAACGAAUUUUGAAUGCAAUGGCUAUCAUCAUCGAUUAAUGGAGUUGAUCAGUACAGUGGUUGAUCGUGGAAUUCAACAUUUGUAUGUUUAUAUGCAUACUUGUAAAAAAGAUGAUUUCAUACGUCAGAACAUUUACAAGAGCAAGACAUUGGUCUCUUUGAAGCUUUUCAAUGUAGAGUUAAAGAAUCCAGAGUUUGUUGUUUCUCUACCUUGUCUCAAGAUCAUGCUUCUAUGCAACGUUUGUUACAGUGAGGAUGGUCCUUUGGUUGUUGAGAAGCUCAUCUCAGGAUGUCCUGUUCUUGAAGAUCUUCAACUGAGUAGGCCUUUUGAUAUUUCGAGUCAAAAAGUUGUGAUGUUUCUACGUGUGAGCUCUCAGACUCUGAAAAGCCUUCGUUUAUAUUUUAGGCGUGAUAGUGGUACAGAUUUUUCAGUUGAGAUUGAUGCUCCACGACUCAACUAUAUGAGUGUUAGAGAGAGUCAAUAUGAGAGCAUUUUGGUAAAGAACCUGAGUUCCUUGUUCAGGAUCGACAUUCAUACCAAAUUUAAUCGUUUUCGACUAGAGGAUUUACAGAUGAAUGAUAUUUUCUAUGGUUUUUUAACCGGGAUAUCGAGAGUGAGACGUAUGAUUAUCUGCUUGCGGACUCUAGAGAGGCUUUACCCUUAUUCCAAAUUCGGACCGAUUCCCGAAUUCCUUAACUUGUAUCAUUUAAAGGCACAGGUCCGCAGCUCAUCGCUACAACUAUUGCAAGCCUUUCUUGAGAGCUGCCCAAAUCUGAAUAACCUCAUCUUGGAAUAUUCUGUUACAGUGGAUCUAGAGCAAACCGAUUUUACCAACGUGCCUCGUUGUUUAAUAUCGACGCUGGAGUAUGUUGAGAUUACGAAACCGAGGACAAGAGAUGAAACUGGAGUUAAACUAGUGAAUUACUUUCUUGAGAAUUCAACAGUCCUCAAGAAACUGACUAUAAGUUUCACAGGUUCUUCUUUUAGAGAGCUAGAGCUAGAGAGCUACAAGAUGCUUCUUACAUCAACAAAGCUUUCUCCCACAUGUCAAGUAAUCAUUGUUUGACAUUCAGAUGAUAAUGCUUGUGAGCACAUGAGUUGUUUCAUUGGACAUUAGUAUAGGAACUAUCUACUCUCAUAAAAAUUGCAGUUAGGCUUUUACCAUUUCCUUAGGUUUGCUCAUCUUAUACAACUUUUGUUGCUUUGAUUCAAUCUCAGGAAAGAGUUACACAGUUCAAUUCUAUUUUUGUCUUUUCAAAAAAAAAUUGAAGUUUUAAUUUUAACAUAACUGUUGAAGUAUCCUCGGUCCAUUAGUUAACGGUUUAAAGGCAGAUAACGCAAUUUUUUUGCUGAUUAUCGGUAUAAAGCUUAGCGGAGGUUCCAGAGGACUGUUGGUAGAACCGUUUGUUGUUGUCUCAUGUGUUGCGGGGAGAGCCUAUCCAUCGGAUGUCGUACUUAGAAUGACUCUGGAGUGUAUUAAGAUUAACAAACUGAUUAGGAAGGAAGCAACUGUGAUCAAAAUAGUUCAAUAUUUUCUUGAGAAUACACCAAUCCUUAAGAAACUCAAGCUGAGUUUCACAGAUUCUCCUAUGAGUAUGAGUAUGACCAAUCAACCCAUAGAUCGUAUCUUCAUGAUGCUUACAUCCAGAAUGCUUUCUCGCAGAUGUCAAGUUAUCAUUUCUUAACAUGAAUCUGAAACCAGUGAGAGCAUGAGCAUUUUCAUUGUGGUUUAUGAUGUUAAAACUUUUAUAGUGUUAAUUAAUGUCUUGCACAGAUUUGAAUUGCCUUAUAUGCUAAGUCAUAUUAAUCUAUGUUUCUUGAGGACUUUAAU